UUUUUCCUUUCAAACUUCCUUCAAGAUUCAGCCUGGGCACUCAGAAUAAAGGAAGGUGAAGAAAAGGCAACCAUGGUGAAGCGGGUGGCCAUCGUGGGGGCCGGUGUCAGCGGCCUGGCCUCCAUCAGGAGCUGCCUGGAGGAGGGUCUGGAGCCCACCUGCUUCGAGAGGAGCGCGGACGUCGGGGGCCUGUGGAUGUUCUCAGACCAUGCAGAAGAGGGCAGAGCUAGCAUUUACCAGUCAGUCUUCACCAACUCCUCCAAAGAGAUGAUGUGUUUUCCCGACUUCCCGUUUCCGGACGACUUCCCCAACUUCCUGCACAACAGUAAGCUCCAGGAAUAUAUCACUACCUUUGCCAGAGAGAAGAACCUUCUGAAAUACAUACGAUUUGAGACAUUUGUAACCAGAAUAAGUAAACGUGAUGAUUUCUCAAUUACUGGCCAAUGGGACGUUACCACUGAAAAGGAUGGCAAAAAAGAAUCAUCUGUCUUUGAUGCUGUAAUGAUCUGUUCUGGGCAUCACGUGUACCCUAACCUACCAAAGGAGUCCUUUCCAGGACUGCAACGUUUUAAGGGCAAGUGCAUCCACAGCAGGGACUACAAGGAGCCGAGCGUGUGGAGGGGGAAGCGAGUGCUGGUGAUCGGUCUGGGGAACUCGGGCUGUGACAUUGCCACCGAACUCAGCCACACCGCCCAGCAGGUCAUCAUCAGCUCCAGAAGUGGAUCGUGGGUGAUGAGCCGCGUCUGGGACAACGGCUUUCCUUGGGACAUGGUGACGAUCACGCGAUUUCAAACCUUCCUCAAGAACAACUUGCCAACAGCCAUCUCCGACUGGUGGUACCUGAGACAGAUGAAUGCAAGAUACAAACACGAGAACUAUGGCUUGAUGCCUUUGAACGGAGCCCUGAGGAAAGAGCCCGUGUUCAAUGAUGAGCUCCCAGCCCGCAUCCUGUGUGGUACUGUGUCUGUGAAGCCCAACGUGAAGGAGUUCACAGAAACCUCGGCUGUAUUUGAAGACGGGACCGUGUUUGAGGCCAUCGAUGGUGUCAUCUUUGCUACAGGUUACAGCAAUGCUUACCCCUUUCUUGGCGAUUCCAUCCUCCAAAGCAGAAACAAUGAGAUCACCUUGUUUAAAGGCAUCUUCCCACCUCAGCUAGAGAAGGCCACGAUGGCUGUGAUUGGCCUUGUUCAGUCUCUGGGGGCUGCCAUCCCCACCACCGACCUCCAGGCCCGCUGGGCAGCGCAAGUAAUCAAAGGAACUUGUACUUUGCCUUCUGUGAAAGAUAUGAUGGAUGAUAUUAAUGAGAAAAUGGGGAAAAAACUCAAAUGGUUUGGCAAAGGAGAGACCAUACAGACAGACUACAUCACGUACAUGGACGAGCUGGCCACCUUCAUCGGGGCAAAGCCCAGCGUCCCGUGGCUGUUUCUCACAGAUCCCAGGCUCGCCCUGGAAGUCUUCUUUGGCCCUUGCAGCCCCUACCAGUUUCGGCUGGUGGGCCCAGGGAAGUGGCCGGGCGCCAGGCACGCCAUCCUGACCCAGUGGGACCGGACACUGAAACCCACGGCCACGCGGGCUGUUCGAGGGCCUUGGAAGCCCUGCCUGUUCGCAAAGCCGCUCGGGAUCCUGGCUCUCCCUGUUCUGCUAGUUGCGCUUUUUCUGGUGUUGAGCUGAGCGUUAUUCCCUCUGGGGCUUCUGGGAAUUAUUGACCAUAGCCAGGCAGGGACGCUGCUACUUAAACCUCUUACUUUCUUAAUGAAGAUCAUUGGCUCAUAUACCAUAGAUGUUGACCAGGGCAGCCGAGUUGUUUCUAGCUUUUUAAAGAAGCUUCCUUAAGAGUCACAUGAUCUAAGCUCAUCAUUAAUCAUUCUCUUUAGGUCCCACUAACACUUCAUAAUCAGAAUUGUGCUCUUUAUGUCUCACUUAAAUCAUCUCCUGAAACAUUUAGACAUGAUGUCUUUUCUCCUUUAAACACUGCUUGAAGUAUGCACUUCAAGUCUAAAUAAAGUAGGCAGUAGGCAGAAUAUUUACAAUAUGAUAUUCUCAAGACCUCUGCGGGCGAGUUCAGCUAUUGGAGAUUUCCCUUACAAGGCAUAUUCCGGCAGUACCUCCCGCUCCCUCACCUAGAGACCGUCCAACCUGACCAGUUCUGAAAACAUGCACUUUCCCGAUACUCUCAACAAGGAAACUAAAUCACUAACGUGUAUCUGCAAAGGAAUAACAUCAGCAUUAACAAUGGC